ACUACAGUGUUAACGGCUGGACUUCUUCACCACAUACAGUGUGGUAUAUAUACCAGCGCUCUCUCCUGCUGCUGCAGCCUACCUGAUUAAGUACAGCAGGAGAAGACACUAUCUCAGCUUCUCAGAUCUGACUCACGCCAAGCCCACCGGCCUCCAUCAUGGUGCAUACAGGUGUGCUGGCUGGACUCCUCCUGCUCUCCCUGUUCUCCUCUGUGGUAUCAGCAGACGAGGGGGAUCUGAACGCUCUCCCUAAAAUCAUCCGAUUCUUUGAGACCAGAUAUAAACCAUAUGAACAGACCAGCAGCGGUGAAGGUGCCCAGUAUGCUGUGGCCAUCAACGUCCCAGCAGGACAGUGUGGGGCCAGUUUCGAAGAGAAAGAGUUCCUUAGGGAAGAGAACACAAAUAAUGUCAAGAAUGACCUUGAGACAAGGAGACUUUACACGGGAAAACAGAUGGUCGCUGCCAGACCAAAGGGCACUGGCUCCUCAGCCGUCCACUCAGAGCGCGCCUUGCUCAUCUGUGAUAGCAGCCAAGCUGUCGCUCCUGUGCAAAACCUGCUGAACACAGGGGACAGAAAUGGCUGUGUGGUGUUCUACACUUACAACUCUCCAUGUCUGGACUACUGCCUGAACCAAGGAAAGGACGACAACGAACAGAACCGGGAGAGAGUCCAGAAAAAGAGAGGAAAUACUAAUGUCCAGCCCGCUGUGAAGAAGUGCAUCCUGGACUCUCUCAGUAUACUGACCAAUCACCCCGGUCCCAAGGCCUUUGUGUUCAGUCAGGUCUAUAGGAAAGACAAAGAAAAGGCCGAGCUGUUGGCCUCUGCCCUGAAGGUGGUUGCAGAGAAGGUCCCCCUCUACAAAUGUAACACCAACUCCUGUAUCAAGUGCCUGGAUAACAAUAACAAGAUCAACAGUCAAUGCCUGUCCUAAGCGAGACACAUUGCAAUCAUGUCCAAAUGGAUAUUCAUCUUUUUUCUUUCCAUGAAUAUUAAUGAUUUCAGUCUUUGUAACUUGAUUUACUAACAUAUAUUAAUACUCUUGGACUACUGUUAAUUAUGCACUUGUGAUUUGAAAUCAUUUAAUAAAUAUCACAGCAACAA